UAAUUUUUGAACGAUUGAUUACUUACGAACGCCCUUUGCUUUUGGAAGCAUCGGAUAACAUCCACACUGCUUCCCUUUCCCGCCCUGAUUCCAAGCAUGUCUGAGAAUCCCAUCCAAUCUCUCUUUCAAAUUGCUCAAAAGAUUUCUACUUCCAUUGAAACCCAUCUCUCCAAUCUUCUCUCCCAUUCGACCCCUCAUUCACGCUCCAACCAUAAGCCUCUUUCUUCUCCAUUUUCGUCUUCCUAUGCAACUCCCUCCUAUCCUGACACAACUUCUAUGCAAUCUAUUGACGUAAUCCAUACGCCUGCUGCACCUGUAACUAAGGAAGUACUUGGAAGGGCUACCUGGACUUUUCUUCACAUCCUUGCUGCUCAGUACCCAGAUCACCCAACGAGGCAGCAGAAGAAAGAUGUAAAAGAAUUGAUGGCAAUAUUAUCUCGCAUGUACCCUUGUGGAGAAUGUGCCGACCACUUCAAAGAAGUUCUAAGGGCAAACCCCGUAGAGACUGGAUCUCAUGCUGAUUUCUCCCGAUGGCUAUGCCGUGUACAUAACGUUGUCAACAGAAGUCUUGGAAAACCAAUAUUCCCGUGUGAACGUGUCGAUGCAAGAUGGGGCAAAUUGGAGUGUGAGCAACGCGCCUGCGACGUGCUCGGAAGCUUGCCAAAUUUUGGGGAAGAAGAUAGACAUUGAUACUAGCUAUAGCACGUUGAGGUCUACAUUUACAAUGUAAUUACACUUGCAAAUACGUUUACUCGUGGUACAUAAAUAUCAUAACCUAAAUCAUAUAAUCAUUUUGCUGAGUCAAUGGAGAAGAUAUCUAGUUCAUAAUUA